AUGGAAGUCAACCUGGAAAAGACGUGUUACCAGACCUUCUCCUUGACACAUCAGCCUAUCAAACUAAAACUAUUGUAUGAGGACGUUCCCGUUUUAUACGCAGACUCUUCUUCAUACUUAGGUGUUGUAUUCGACCGAAAACUGACGUGGACAGAACACGUGACCAAAGUUUUGGAGAAAGUCACCUCGAGACUUUCCCUAAUGAAAAGAAUAGCCGGAUCAAAAUGGGGCUGCUGUAGAAAUACCGUCGACAUGACAUAUAAAUCAUAUAUACUCCCCCUCAUGACUUAUUGCUGCGAGCCGCUGGCAGCGACCAGCAAAAAAGUCCUUGACUCGCUGGAAAGAUUCCACAAUCAGGCCCUUCGACUUAUAACAGGGGCCGUUAAAACAACUCCGAUUGAUGCACUCCUAUUAUCUACCCACCAUAUGAACAUCAAGACUAAAGACCUUAUUAGAUCACAGUGCCCUAACGAAAAAGAGAGAUACUCACUGAGUUUAAACCUGUGUCAAGAUGUUUCCAAGAGAGACACAAAUGAUCAAGUCUUAAAAUCUAUUGCCCUGGAGACUUUGCACGUACUGUACCCAAAGAACGAAUGGCUACAUAUAUUCACAGACGGUUCAACAUUGGCUGAAGGCACUAAUGCAGGAGCCGGAGUUUCUUGCAACCUUUUUUCAUUUUACACCCCGAUCGGUUCGUCUAGAACAGCCUUCGAUGCAGAAGUAUCGGCAAUAAGCGUAGCUCUGUCACAACUACAGAAUCACGUUGAGAAAUUUAAUAACGUAGUCAUCCUCUCUGACUCUAAAGCCGCACUCCAAGCUAUUGCUUCCUCCAAAGUCCCCGCAUCUGCCGACAUUCUACAUUGUCGUCAAGCCCUUCACAGGCUUGACCAACACAACAAAAAUGUCGCCAUGCAAUGGGUACCAGCGCAAUGUGAACUUCAAGGUAACGAAACUGCAGAUUUCUUGGUCAAAAAAGCCGCCAAGAUUCUACAAAUAUCUCUUAAGCCAGUUCCUUUCCACAGCGCAAAAAGGCUAAUAAAAAUCUCUCUUCGAACGACAUUUGAGGCAAAACUCCAAGAAGCAAAUAAAAAUAAGGACUGGUUGGAAGGAAUUAAAGAUAUUCCGUCAUGGCCAAGAGAAAAAUCUGUGGCCCUUUUUCGCCUCGCCACUGGCCAUGACUGCUUAUUAAAACACCU